UGGGAGACGAAGCACCAUUCAGCUACUACAGGCCGAAAACAAAAUAACAAUCAUGUACAAACUGGUGAUUGUCGCUGCCAUCCUCGGCAUCAGCGCCGCUAAGCCCAGCGGCCUGUAUGGCGGGUAUCUCGCCCCAUCCGUCACAGCGGCACCAGUAGCCUACUCCAGCUACACUAGUUACGCUCCCGCCAUAGCGUCGACUUACGCCGCGCCAGCCUUCGCUUCUACUUACGGUUCCUAUGCCGCACCCGCCAUCGCCGCCGCCCCUGCUAUAGCUGCCGCCCCCGCUAUCGCUACAGCCCCAGCAGUAUCUGCCGCUCCCCUGGCCUACUCCGCCGGUUACGCCGCCUCCCCCCAGACCUACUCCGCCGGUUACGCCGCCUCCCCCCUGGCGUACUCCGCAGGUUACGUCGCCGCUCCUGUCGCGUACUCCGCCGGUUACGCCGCGGCUCCCGCGUUCGCUGGAUACGGUAACUACGGUUACGGUCUUGGCUACUCUGGACUGUGGAAGAGGCGUUAAGUUUGUUACAUGAGCUUUAAAAAAAUGUAAAUAAAGAUUUGAAAAUUA